AAGCAGCCUCACAUCGUCGACGACUACAACCGGCACAAGUUCUCCAAAUUGUCGCAAACCGUUAAAGCACUACGUACCGACCUGCUGCACACACAGCGUAACCGCAAAGCAACCGGAUGCUGUGCUCAUCAUCGUAAGGAACGCAGCAAAAAGCACCGGAACCGUGCGAAGGUGGUAUUCACCGGUGAAAAGUUUGAAGAUCCAGAUCCAUACCAACUGGCGGUGCGCAAAACCAACUAUGGCAAACGGAAAGAGAAGCUAAAGUUUGUCGGCGAACAGUUUCAAGAUCCGGAUCCGUACGGUUUGGCCAUCCGCAAAACGAGCAGCACGAGUAGCUGCACUAGUGAUCGUGGGGUUUCAUACCAAUAUCGCAACCAGCUUGCCGAAACCCAUCCGGCAACCGUAUUCGCGCCAUUCGAUUACAUAAACCGUGAACAGUGUAUUGCCGAAAUGCCCGAAGAGGAAGCUAAGCCUGACAGGUUUAGGAUGGACGUGAUGAAGCAAUCGGAACCGCCGCUGGAGGGAAGUCGCAAAUCGCUUCUAGCGCAGGCCUGUGCUGUUGGUGUGAAAAAUGUGUUACUGCUAGGGUACGGAAUGACACUGGGAUUUCCGACAAUUGUAAUUCCCGCCAUACAAGGUGGCGAUGGCCGUGAGCCUGCCCUUGAACGAGACGUGACACUUAGCCGAGAGCAAAUUUCUUGGCUAAGCUCGAUCAACUUGAUCUGCGUUCCGUUGGGUAGUAUCUUCUCCGGCAUGCUUGCCCAACCGAUUGGUAGACGACGGGCAAUGCAGCUCAUCAACAUUCCCAUCUUCAUGGCCUGGAUGUUGUUCCAUUUUGCCAGUGAUGUAACUUUCCUUUACAUGGGACUCGCGCUGGCCGGUAUCAGCGGUGGACUUGGCGAAGCCCCAGUGCUAACCUAUGUCGCCGAAAUCACUCAACCUCGCUAUCGGGGCAUGCUAGCCGCCACGGGUUCCACUUGCGUCAUCUUGGGCGUUUUGAUAGAAUUUCUCAUGGGGAGCUUCAUGAAAUGGCGCACAGUUGCGCUGAUUAGUUCCGCCGUGCCCAUCCUGGCCGCAGUUUUACUCUUCUUCAUACCGGAAAGUCCCGUUUGGCUGGCGAGCAAGGGACGUCUCGAGGCAUCCAAGGCCGCUCUCGCUUGGUUACGUGGCUGGACGUCCAAAGAACAGGUUGAAGCGGAAUUCAACGAAAUCGAACACCAAAUGACAAAAGAUGCGGAACUGCAGAAGGACUUUACCAUCGUCGACAAAGCACGGCUCUACACACAGCGUGCGUUCCUGCAACCGUUCGGUAUCAUCCUGCUGUGUUUCUUUAUCGGUCACUUUUCCGGCAUGACGACACUUCAAACGUACGCCGUACAGAUCUUUCACACGUUGAAAGCCCCUAUCAACAAAUACUAUGCGACAUGUCUGCUUGGGCUGACCGAGCUGAUCGGGACACUGUUUUGUGUGUUUCUAGUGCACCGCACGGGCAAGCGGCCGCUGGUGUUUAUCUCCACUAUUGGAUGUGCGGUCUGCUUUUUUGGAGCUGCCAGUUAUGCGUACUUCCUGAGCGAUAUUCCCGGCGCCUCCGUGCAAAACGUGGUAGCAAAUGUGUCCUCUAUUAAGGCGGAUAUUACGGUAAUUCCUUUAAAAACGAAGGAAGUGAUUGCUGAAUGGCAUCGCAACAGUUCCGAACUGCAGUCACUGAAUCUUACGCACAUAGAAGACAUGCAAUUCGUUAAUAGUAGCGCACUGGACAGGUUGGACACUCGCAACAGUUCGUUGGAGGGCAUAGUGUAUGCGGCACAGAGCUUCACCAACUACUAUCUCAACGAUAGUUUAAACGAUCCGAUCAACAUCACGAUCGCUUACGGAGAGUACGUCAAAUCAGCAAUCCCGAGAGAAGUGUUUGUUCCACUACCGCACGUUAACAAGAACAAAUUCGUCUGGAUACCGCUGACUCUGCUACUUGGCAGCGCCUUUCUAACGCAUAUCGGCAUUCGAUUGAUACCGUGGAUACUGAUAGGGGAACUGUUUGCGCCAAAUGUGCGCAGCGGUGGCUCAGGUUUAGCAGGAGGAAUCGCAUACAUCUUUGGUUUCAUCGCCAACAAAACAUUCCUCAAAAUGUUAGCGGUAUUUACCCUACCGGGAACGUUUUGGAUCUACUCGCUUGUAACGAUCCUCGGAGCCAUCAUCCUUUACAAAGUGCUUCCCGAAACGGAAGGUAAAUCGCUGCAGGAGAUCGAGACGUAUUUUCUACCACGGAGUAAACUAUCCGCGCGAGUCGACCAAGAGGCACCAGCUCCUCCACAACCAGGACCAAAACACUCCACCUCCAGUAUGCAGCCUGCACCGCCACCGAUCCCACCGAAACCCUAUCCAUUGAAGGAUGAUAUCGAUCGUGCUCGACGAAUAUCUCUGGUACCUCGACAAAUGUCCCAGUCUUCCCGCAAUACGACCGUAUCGGACUUUUCCAGAGCAUCGUUUAAUUCCCAACACUCGCACAAUCACUCCGGAAUGAGCCGCAAUUCUUCGUGGACCUCUUACACGUUGGAAGACAGCCAAGCUGCGCCCCAUCCGCAGGUGUUUCGAAAACUAUCCGAAACAUUUCCAGAUGCAAUUUGCGAACCUGCACGCAACUCGACGCAACUGGCUGAGGAACCCAAACCGCCGCGGUCCGGGAAACAUCCAUCCCACGUUCUACCAACUAACGAUUUUACUGCUUUGCUAAAUCAUAAAGACGGGAAACAAACCAAGCUCGUAACUAACGAUAUUAAAAUCCCCACACACAAAACCCAACCGAUGAAUCGCCCAGUUCGCGCACGUGCAAAACGGCCACCACCGUCACAUCAGUUCGAUUUCCAGACCUGUGAGAGCAACAAAAAAUUUGAAGAAUUUCUGCAUCGCUAUCAGGAUAAAAGCGAAGGCGUCCAGGUACCGGUAAAGCGUACAAUCCGUCACGUAACCAGCGCACACGAUCUUAAGGAGUUUGAGAAAGAGCAUCAUCAUGGUGCAGUGGCCGUUCCUCCCAAUGGUGGAAUUUUAACGGAUCGGAAGAUCUUCAACAGUGCUACCAAACUGACCGCCACAUACGCCAGCACGGAAAAUCAUAUCGCACGGGAAUGUGGCAUUGACAAUGCUGAGUUUCAUUUAAGUUCAAGUGACGAAUCUACGGACAUGUAA